ACAGCUGUCUCCCUUUGUUAUGCACUCAUCAGAGGGUAUAUUACGAAUGCGUUCUGAUAAACCUCCAUACACCUCGGCCUCAUUGGCAGCGUCCUACAAACUGGACGAGGGUUAUUCCGACGACACCAAAAGUCAGCUAGACGGUGAGGACGGCGCUGCUCAAAAUGAAUCGAUGCUUCUACCAGACUGGAUCCUCGCCUACAGUGAUUCAGAGAGGGCCGAGCUUGCCUACUCUAUACUCUCCAGCUUACCGACAACUUCAAUCGCCUCAGUCGUGGAGCGACUGACGCCACGACUUCAUAUGGACCCCGUACUCAGACUACCCCCGGAGAUCACUGCAGAAAUAUUCUCAUACCUCGAUCCAGCCACGUUAUUUACUGCAUCAUUAGCCUCUCGCGGUUGGAGAAAUCGUAUUAUCGAUCCCCGUCUAUGGAGAGAUAUGUACAUCAGAGAAGGGUGGAGGGUGGAUAUUGACGCAAUUAAACGAUAUGAAGAACUGCAUACCGAGCGAUUGAUGUCCCAAACCCGCAAAUCUCGUUCUAGACACGCCGACUCCGAAUCUCCCCAACCUCAGCUUAAGAGGCGUGUUACUGAAGCCAGCCUUCAAUCGCGAGGCGCCUGCGAUGGCGACGCGCAGUCCAACCCACCAUGGAACGAGCAGCAUCAGACUGUUGAAGCAGAUGUGCCAACCACUGCAGAUGAUGACGACAAUGACCGAGAAAUGCGAGACGUGAACGGUGCAGGUCAAUCAUUCUCCCCGGCUGACCAUCAGUUUGAGACAUCAACGAGGCAUUCCCCUCUGUUAGUUCGAUUACCAAACGGCACAGCUAAAAUAAAUUGGCCUUAUCUUUAUAAGCAACGGAGACGGUUGGAAGACAAUUGGAUCAAAGGCCGAUUCACCACUUUUAUGCUUCCCCAUCCAGCUUACCCAGAUGAAGCUCAUCAGCAAUGCGUCUAUGCCCUUCAAUUCUCAGAUAAAUGGCUGGUCAGCGGGAGCCGCGACACAACUAUCCGUGUCUGGGAUCUAAGUCGAAUGCGUUUGAGCCUUCCACCGCUUCGCGGCCAUCAAACAUCAGUACUAUGUCUGCAAUUCGAUCCCAGCUCGGAGGAAGACGUGAUCAUCUCCGGAGGGAGUGACAGGAGAGUCAUCGUUUGGAAGUUUUCGACGGGUCAAAAAGUCCUCGAAUUGACCAAUGCGCACCAUGACUCUGUCUUGAAUCUAAAAUUCGACAAACGCUAUCUCGUGACAUGUUCCAAAGACAAAUUCAUCAAAAUAUGGAACCGUCGUUCACUCACCCCAUUGGAUAAAGAUUAUCCUGCUGUUGUCAAAGGAGCAGCAAACAAAUACCCUGCUUAUAUCAUUGAUACAACCCUGUAUUCUCCUUCGUGGCUAGAAGCCAAUCUCGCGAAUGGCAAUAUCAAAAGGCUUGAGCCGUACACCCUGUUGAUGACACUUGAAGGCCAUGGUGCAGCCAUAAAUGCGAUACAAAUCCACGGCGACGAAAUUGUUUCAGCGGCAGGAGACCGGUUGAUCAAAAUAUGGAGCAUCCGCAACGGAUCAUGCCUAAAGACAGUGUUGGGCCACGAUAAGGGCAUUGCUUGUGUCCAAUUUGAUAACCGGCGCAUCAUCAGUGGUAGCAAUGAUGACACGGUCCGUAUCUUCGAUCAUGAAUCGUCAGCACAAGUGUCUUGUCUGAUUGGGCAUAGUAACCUGGUACGGGCUGUUCAAGCCGGGUUUGGGGAUCCUCCAGGCGCAGAGGAAGCAGAACGACUGGAAGCUCUUGCACGGGAUAACGAGUUCUGGGAUGCUCAUCGUAAUGGCAACAUACCUUAUCAACAUCGACCAGCAGCAGUUCGUCGUAGUGUUACAUCGCGAAACGCAGGAUCAAGAGAUCCUACUGAAGUCACAGCGCUAGGUGCUAGCAUCCCACCAGGAGGUGGGGGCAGCAGAUGGGCCCGCAUCGUUUCCGGCUCGUAUGACGAGACAGUUAUCAUUUGGAGAAAGGAUCGUAAUGGCGGGUGGUUAGUCGGACACCGACUUCGCCAUGCAGAUGCCGUGACGAUGGCAAAUACGCCAUAUUCUACCCGUGCUCGCGAUCAAGCAAUGCGUUAUAUGGAGUUGCUACAAGGCCAGUCUCGAACCAUGUCGAUACUGCAUCACCAAGCUAGGAUUCAUCCCUCUGUUGCCCCCGUUCCAAGUCAGAGCAAUAACCACAAUAUCAAUCCUCAGCCCCAAUUGAACGCAGCCGCACCGCCACAGCAAGUCAACCAACAGGCCCCUCCUCCUCCUCCUCCAGCUGGGAAUAACCCCCAACCGAAUCACAUCCCGUUACAGCAAGUGCAAGCUGUUAACGCCAUUGUUGCUCAAGCUCAAGGAGCUGUACCUGGACUUGUGCAUCCAAUAGCAAUAGCAGCUGGCCGACACCAUAACCCGACAAUGACACCAGCAAGAAUAUAUAAGCUUCAAUUCGAUGCGCGAAAGAUUAUCUGUGCUAGCCAGGAUUCGCGAAUAGUAGGCUGGGAUUUUGCUGCGGGUGACGAGGAGAUUAUGGAGGCGUCUCAAUUUUUCGUGGGUGUAUAG